AUGAAUUCUAAAGAAAAUUAUAAUCAAUAUUAAUUAAGAGAUGUGGAAAUGGUAUAUGAAAAAGCAAUUAGAAUGAUUUUAAGUUUGAAAGAGAAACACAAACUAAUAAAUAGGAUUAGACUUUUUGAAAGUGAUAAAGCUAUAUUUUAAGAAUUAGCUAAAGGAUAACAUUAUUUGAUUGAUAUGUUAAAGAAAGGAGGUGAUGUGCAUUUAAUAUUUUAAAAUAAUCUUCCAUAAUUUGAGGUUCGAUUAGGAUAGGAUUUAUUUACAAUAGGUCCAGAAAAAAUGAAAGAACAUUUAUUGAGGAAAUAGUUACGUGAAUUGGGAUUAAAAAAUAUUGAAUAUAAAUCUAAAGAGUGUAGAGAGCAUAAUCUAGCUAAUGAUUUUGUAAAUUUAGAUGAUGAAUUUAAAAAAGAUGAAUGUUCAGAGUUGUUAAAAGAGAAAUUUGAUACUUUUAAAGUUUUAGAUGAAUAAAUCAUCAUUUAGAUUUUAAAAAAGUAUUUGAAAAAGAAUUUGAUAGAAUCUUAUAAUAAAGAUUUAAUAGAUAUUAGAUUCUAUAUUAAUUAAGAGUUUUAAAUAGUUUUAGAAUAUAAGAUUAAUGAUAAUUAAUUAAGUUUAAGUUAAAAAAUAAAGAGAAGAAAAUGGAGUGAGAUUAAAGAUGCCCUUUCUCAUAUAUAUCCUUAUUAAUAGUUAUAAGAAAUAACCUAAUCAAUGAUUGAAUCAAUGUUUUAUGUUGAUGAAAUAGAAUUUUAAGAAUUAAGAGAUUGUAUAUAGCAAAUUGUAUAAGAUUGUCCAAAUAGUUACAAUCGUGAUUUAUAAAAUCCUCUUUCUAUUUACAAAUCACAUUAUUGGUGUAUUUUAGGAAUAUUACCGAAAACUUUUAAUAUAUUUAAGAGAUUUGGUUAAUGCAAAAUAUUAAUUAUAUAAAACUAGAGCAGACUUUUCUUUUUGAAUCAUUAAAAGAUAAUUGAAAGUAAUAUAUAAAAUUUUGAUAUAUUGUUAUUUUAAACUUAUAUGGAAUUAAUUACUGAAAGUACAUCAAGAUUAGAAAUUAUUAAAAAGGAGGUUGCAUCAUAAAAUAAUCCACAAUCUUAAUAUUUACUUAAGUUGAUAAAAAAUAAAAUUUAAUUAAUAGAAAACUUAGAAAUAAUUCCUGAAUUAGAAAAAGAAAUUAAAGAUUUAAAAUUUAAUUAAAAUCAGAUAUUGAAAUAAUUAGUUGAUGAAAAUGAUAAGGAUUUUUUAUUGAUACCUUAAAUGUCAGAGGAGAUUAUAGAACAAGUAAAACCAGUGGAAGAAAAAAUAGCAUAAUUAUCUGAAACUUAUUAGGAAUAUCUUAGAGUAUUAAAUAAAGUGAAAGAUAAAGUAAAGAACUUCUAAGAAUUAAAGACAAUUUAAGAGAAUAAAAUAUCAUUAAAAAAUCUUUAUUUCAGAGUUAUAUAAGAGAAGAAAAGAGUUAUUUAGAAAUUGCCUAUUUAUUUUAAGAAGCGAGAUAUUAUAGAAAAUAUACAAUAAGAAUAAGUAUUCUUAUUAGUAGGAACAACUGGAUCAGGUAAAUCCACAUAAUUGGUAUAAUAUAUAUAUGAAGAAAUAGAAAUAAGAGGUAAAAUUAUAUGUGUAGAGCCAAAAAUGAUAGCUGCAAGAAGUUUAGCAAAGAGAGUAGCUGAAGAAAUGCAUUCCAAAUUAGGUGGCUUUAUUGCAUAUUUGAAUGAAUUUGAUUAAUUAGAAGAUGAAAAUAAAAUUGUAUUUACUCAAGAUAGAGUCAUUUUAAAUAUCCUAUAGAAAGAUCCUCUUUUAAAAGAUUAUGAUAUAGUUAUUAUAGAUGAAGCACAUGAAAGAAAUAUGAAUACUGAUAUUCUACUUGGAUUAUUAAAAGAUAUAUUGAAUAAACGAAAGGAUCUUAAAUUGGUAAUUAUGAGUGCUACUAUGGAUGAAUAAUUAUUUAGCAAUUAUUUCAAAUGUAAAACAUUCAAAGUCGAAGGUAAAUUAUUUGAUGUAAAAAUUAAAUAUCAAAAUUCAUAUAGCGAUAAUUAUUUAGAAUAAAUUCAAAGAUUGAUAUAUAAAAAAGUGAUCUAUAAAAUUAAUUAUAAAAUGUAUCAGUAAAAACACGUUUUAGUAUUUUUAGCAGGAGUAGAUGAAAUAAAUAGAUUACUUUAAUUAUUUUCGAGUGAAUAUAAUUCAAAAGAUAUAUUAUAUUUAGGAUUACAUGGUUAAAUGACAACAGAUGAACAAUUUAAUGUAUUUUAAGAAUCGAAAUAGAUCAAAAUAAUAUUUACUACAAGAGUUGCUGAAACAUCUCUAACAAUUAAUGAUGUAAGUGUUGUAAUAGAUAUUGGAGUGGAUCGAUUCUCUUAUUAUGAUUAGAAUAGAGGUAUGUAAAUAACUAAGAUUGAUUGGAUAUCUUAAGCUUAAGCAAAUUAAAGAGCUGGAAGAGCUGGUAGAACUAGACCAGGAAAAUGUUAUAGAUUAUAUUCAGAAUUAGAAUUUUAAAAUGAAAUGCAAGUUCACAAAACACCUGAAAUAUAAAGAAGUUGUCUAGAUUUAGUUGUUUUAAGGAUUAAAUCAUUUGAUAAAGAUCCAUUUCAAUUUGAAUUUAUACAAUAUCCUAAUUUCUAGGCUAUGAAACAUAGUUUAGAAUAUUUAAUAGAUAUAAAAGCAUUAGAUUAAAAUGGUAAUAUUACAUUACUUGGAAAAUUUAUGUCAUAAAUUUAGACUGAACCAAGAAUGAGUAGAAUUUUAAUUGAAGCUUAUUAUAGAAAUGUAUUUAGAGAAACACUUGCCAUUAUUUGUGUUAUGCUAAAUAAUCAGAAUUUAUACUUGCGUAAUACAGAUAUAAGAAAUAAAAUUGAGGUUUUACAUGAAAUGGGUGAUUUUUUUACAUAUUCUCGUAUUUUUUGGGAAUUCAUAGAACUUAUGAAUUCUCAUGAUAAAUAAACAUAUGUUAAAGACAUUUGUCGUGAUAAAGGGUAUCAUUAUAAAACCUUAAAAAAUUGUGAAAAGGUUUUUGAUGAAAUGGAAAGAGCUUUUAGUUAUUUUUAAGGAUUAUUGUAAGAUAAUUAAGAACUAAUAAAAUAAAUUGUUAAGAUACCUGAAUCAACAAGAGAAGAAAAUGUAAUGACAUGCUUUUUAACAGCAUUUUAUCCUGAUUUAUGUGUUUAUAAUGGUAAUCCAUUAAUUGGAUAUACAUUUUUAAAAUCGAAAAGAAAUGUAAGAAUAUAUGGUACAUGUACUUUAAGUUUAUUAAACCACUUUCCUAAAUAUAUAAUAUGUUCUGAUCUGUAUUCCUCUAAUUAUUUUGAUUUUUGUAGAGUUGCAUAAGAAGUGAAGAUUGAGUAGUUAUCAAAAAUAUUAAGUUCUGAUUAAAUUGAAGCAAUAGAGAGGUUUGUUCCAAAUAAAUAUCAUUAUUAAUAAUUAAGAAAUGUUUCAUAGUCUUUAUUAAAUCAUCUAUUACAUACAUUAAGUUAUUACUCAUAUGAAGAGAAUUAGAAAAGCUUAUAACAUUAUUGUAAUGUAGACUAAGAUAAUGGAAUUUUUGAAAUAUGGUCUUUAAAGCCAAUUGAUCUUGAAUUUUAUUAGAAGGAUUACUAUGAAAAAAUGAAAGAUUAUUAAUAUUUUAGAUUAUAUGGAUAAAGUAUGCUUGUUUAUUUUAAAUAAGGAGGUGAAGUACAGAAAACUUUAUCUUGCACUGCAUCUGAAUUGGUUAUAGUACAGUUUGCAGCAUCACCUUUUAAUAUUGAAGAAAUAAAAUAGAUUCUUUAGGAAUAUAAUAUGUAAUAUUAGAAUGUGUUUUAAAUAAAUGCUAAUUAAUUUGGUUAUAGUGGAUAGAUAUUUACAAAUAGUUAGGAAUCUGCUUCAUAAAUAACUUUAAUUUUAAAUUAAAAAGCUAAAUAAAGAUUUGAAGAAUAUGAAUAGCCAUAGUAUUAAGAUAGAUAAUAAAUAUUUACAAUAAAACCUAGAGAAAUUAGAAAUAGAAUUAUUAGAUCAUCAAUUGAAUUAAUAUUUUAUGGUAGUUACAAUAAAGGAUAUGGAUUUAUUGUAUUUUAGAAGGAUGAUGAUGCAAAAGGUUUUAUAGAAGCCACUUUAUCAAUUGUUAAAUUUAAAGGAGUUUUGUAGGAUUUAAAAUUAAUUAAUUAAAAAGAUGAUGAUUAAAAAUAUAGAAUAAAAAUAAGUAAUGUUCCUCAUAAUGCAAAUGAAUAAGAGUUAUUAAAUUAUUUGAAAGAUUUAGCUUAAUAAAAGAAUUGUCCUAUUCCAUAUCAUGUCAAUUUAGUUGCAAAUUAGUCAUCUGAAAUAAAAGAUUGGAAAGAAGAAGUCAAUAAAUUAUUUGAAAAAUAUACUGAAGUAUUACCUUAACAUUUAGAUUUUAAACCUGAUAAAUUUAAUUAUAGAAUUUAUGUAAGAGUUAUGACUAAUGCUAAUCCAUUAAAAUUAGAAGAAAUGAGAAAAAAUAUUAAUUUUAUGAAUGAUAUAAUUGGUCUCUCAUCAGUUACUAUGAAAAUUUAAUAUAAAAUAAUCAGAUUAGUCAGUAAAAAAAUAUUAGAUUAAAAUAAAGAAGAAAUAGAUAUUAUUUAAAAAGAGUUAUCUAAUAAAUACAAUGAAGAUUAAUUAAAAAUAUUUUCAACAGGAGAAAACAUUAUCAUUUUAGGUAUGAAUCCUAAUUUUGUAAGAUAAGCAUCUCUAAUGUUACAUGGAAUUCUUACUGGAUAUGAUAUUUAAGUACCUCUAAAAAAGUAAGUAUUUAAAUAAUUAUUAAUGGAUGAUUAAUUUUUCUAAGAUUUAUUAGAACUAGAAAAAUAAAAUGGAUUUAAAUAUAAUAUUAAAUUAUUAGAUUAUGGGAAAAUAAGAGUAUAUUUGAAUUAAGAUUCAUUAACAAAGAUUUAAUAAGCUAUUAUUUCACUAAUUAAAUAGAGAGUAUCAAAUAGUCUUAUUGUAAAUGUUAAAAACUAUUCAUUUAAACCAUUUUUAAGAGUUGAAGAUAAUAUUAUAAAAAUAUUAUAAGACAAAUAUUAAGUUAAUAUAGAUUUUAUACUUCAUUAAAAAAAAGUAAUAAUUUUUGGAAAUAAUGAAUAAGCAAAAAAAUGUAAAGAUGAAUUAUUAACAAAACUUUCUAGUUUAAAAUUAAAUGUAAUAUAAAAUAAUUGUUAAAUAUGUUAUAGUGAAAUGGAUUAAAAAUAUAUGUUGGCUUUUUGUAAUCAUUUUUUCUGCAAAAUGUGUCUUUAUGAGACAAUAAAAAUGUAAAAUAGUCCUCCAUACAAAUGUCCUGAAUAAAAUUGUGGUGAAACAUUGAGUCUUCAAGAUCUUUAAUAAUUGUUAUGUGAAAUAGAAUUUUAAAAACUAUUAGAUUAAAGUUUUAAGAAAUAUAAAGACCAACAUGCCGAUGAAUACAUAGGAUGUAGAACACCAGAUUGUGAAGAGUUUUUUGAGAAGAUUCCUUAGGAUAAAGAAUAAUUUUAUUAUUGUCAAAGCUGUUUAUAAUCAUUUUGUUGUAAUUGUGAACGAUCUGCACAUCCUAAAUUAAGUUGUGAGGAAGCUAAAUAAUUAUAUAUAUCAGGAAAGGAUUUAAGUGAUGAAGAAUUACUAAAAAUGAACAUUAAGAGAUGUCCUAAAUGUUAAACAGGUGUUCAAAAAAAUGAAGGAUGUCUUCAUUUACAUUGUACUUUAUGUAAAAAUCAUUUUUGUUGGACCUGUUUACAUUAAGCUGAAUAAGGUUAAGAUAUCUAUGAUCAUCUAAAGAGUGUACAUGGAGGAAUUCAUGAACAUUGA